GUAUGUUGGCACACGGGCGGCCACCCCUUGAGUGCAUGCAAUUGUAAAUAGGAAAGAGAAAGCAGAGGAGGAAGGGGGGUGGUGGGGAGGAGGAGUGAGUGAAUGAGAGUGAGAAAGUCAGAGAUGAGUUCCACUCCACCCACAUCCACCGUGUCCAAUGUGAGGGGGAGGUGAGACACUUCUAGAUCUUGCUGGGCUGUGUGGUGUGCUCACUGGCCUUAUUGACUUGUUGCGCUCACAGAAGAGAGUAGUCAAGCCGGCUCCUCAACAGAACUCCACCCGGUUGGAGCAACCAUGGCUUCCCAUGUGAGGCUCAGGAAGGACAAGGUUGGCGUGGUGGACUACGACACUCAAAUUAAAGAGGUGCGGUGUCAGCUUGUCGACCAACUGAAAGUGCUGGACUUGCAGCUGGAGCAGAAGAGCCAGCAGCUGCAAGAUCUAGCAGACUACCUGCGGCGGCGGGGCGAGAUUGAAAGCGAGUAUUCCCGGUCUUUAGAAAAACUGGCUGAAAGGUUCACCAACAGGAUUAAGAGGAAGGAGCCCGGCACUCACUCUGUGGCUCAGGUCUGGUUGGCUUUACUGUCCCACACUCGCCAAGAGAGUAAGGACCACAACGGGCUCAGUGAGAGCUGCAGCAGCUUUCUCGUCCAACCCCUCACACACUGCCUGGAGUACACCCAGCGACUUGCCAAGAAGAGCAAAGAGGUCUGCACUCAGCUUCAAGACGGACUGCUCAAGGUUACCACAGAGCUUCAGACCGCAUGGCGGACAUACUACCAGUACCACGCUGACUACGUGUGUGCAGAGGGGAAGUUGAAGGACGCUGAGAAACAGGAGGAAAAGCAGAAGCAGAACGCCAAAAAACUGGAAAGGCUCAUUGAGAAGAGGCAAGGAAAAGUCCAGGAUAUUUACCUGAAGUGCAGCAAGGCUAGGAAUGAUUACCUGCUAAACAUUGCUGCAGCCAACACUUCCAUGAACAAGUACUACCUCCAAGACCUCUCUACUCUCAUUGAUUGUACAGAUGUCGGCUACCACCUGUCUCUGGGCAGAGUAAUGCAAGCCUAUCUGUCCAGUCGGCGCCAGUUCCAGCAGAACCUGAGCUCAGGCCUGCAGAAGCUGCAGGGCUCGGUGUCAGGAUUGGACCAGGGUCAGGACAGAGACACUCUGCUGCAGGAUCACCACAACACCUUUUGUAUGCCCCUUCGCUUCACCUACCAGCCGCACGAUGGCGACCAGGUUUCUGAGAUUAGCGCAGAGAAUGAGAUGAGGUGUGAGCUGGAGACCAGGUUCAAACAGAUCCAAACCAGGCUGAGAGCCGUCACAGAGGAAACCCAGGAGGUUAAUAAGAGCAUGUCAGCAGCCCAGUCCUCCCUGCUGGAGACAAUCGGUGACGUAGAUUUGGAGCAGAGCAGCAGCACAUCGCAGGAGGAGAACACUGAGAGCCAGUCAGUUCGUCCCAAUGUGGCCCGCCGCAGGGCCAACCAGCAGGAAAUAGAAAAUCUCUACUUUACUAGAGUAAAAGAGUUCCUUGUUGGAAGCUCUUUGGUAUCCAAGCUGCAAGCCAAACAUGACCUGCUUAAAGUGGCUGUGGAGAAAGAGGAAGUCUCAAAUAGUCAUCAACCGAGACACAACGGGAAGUCCACGCGUGUUCGUAAAAUUCCCUCCGGUGGGAAUUUGUUACACAACCAAAAACUUUUCAACGGUGACAUGUUGUCUUUCACACAGGCAUCAGGUCAGCAGAUUCCAGCUGUUGUGGAAAGUUGCAUUCGUUUCAUCAACAUUAAUGGUCUUCACCAUGAAGGCAUAUUUAGGGUGUCAGGCUCUCAGACGGAGGUCAACAACUUGAGGGAUGCAUUUGAGCGAGGAGAGGACCCUCUGGCUGAGCACAAAUACGACUUGGACUCUGUUGCUGGAGUGCUCAAGCUGUAUUUUAGGAAUUUGAAGAACCCUCUUUUCCCAAUAGACAGCAUCAGUCAGCUACUGGAGUACGCACAGACAAAAAACGAGACGGAGAGAGCCGACAAACUAAAAACGGUCAUCUCUUCCUAUCCUGAGCCGGUCAUCAUUGUCAUGAGAUACCUCUUUGCUUUUCUUCACCACGUGUCUCAAUACAGCGAUGAGAACAUGAUGCAGCCGUACAACCUCGCCGUCUGUUUUGGCCCCAGUCUGGUCCAAGGGGCCAACGACGAGGACGUGGUCACCCUGCAACCUCAGAUCAACGCCCUGGUAAAGAGCUUUAUCGUUCAACACGAGAGCAUCUUCCCUAGUCAGAGCGAGGUCAAAGGUCCCGUGUAUGAGAAGUGCAUGACGCAGGAGCAAGAUGACUGUGAUACCAUAGCUGAGGAAGGGGAAGGGGAGGCAGAGUUGUCUCAUGAAGCGGAAGCGGGACAGUUGGUAAAUCGCAGCAACUCGGCCACAGGACCGAAAAGGACAGAGGGUUCCAAAUCCAGUAAGGGCGGCCUUGGCGAACACCGCAGGUCAGCAUCAGGACCAGCAGCAGGGGUUAGCAUCCCUUCAGGUGCAAAGAUAGUCCUCCACAUACCCACUGGGCCUCAGGGGCGUCCGAGAAGGAUCCACUCUCCUGGAUAUGCACGCAGAGAACAGUUGCACUCCUCCCCAGAAGAUGCAGUUCAAGUAGACAAGGAGGUCUGUCGCCAGAUGAACUCAGUCUUCAAAGAGCUUGUCUCCAAGCACACGCUGCAAGAGACUUCUACCUCCUCCUCCUCCACAGACACCGCCUCCUCUCCCUCUGGCCAGGCGGCUCAGAAGAAAUGCGGUCGUGAAGGACACUAGGUGAGAGAAUGAGGGAGCCAUACAGGACAUUUAAGGGUACAUCUGCUCUUUAGGCACACAACUGUUAGAGGGAAAACUGGGAACUGUGUUGCUUUUUUCUGCUUGUUUGUGCAACACAAGAGUUUCAGGACAACAUGAAACCUGUGGAAUACUUGAAAUUGCAAUUUGUCUCUCUUAUCGCUCGCUACAUCUGUACAGCUGUUAAGGGUUCUGGUUUUAGACAGCUCAAGUUACUUAAUCAAAUGUUUACCACAAUAAAUUGCAAGUGUUGAAACUGUGAAAAUUAAUUGUAAGAAAUAUGUACAUACUUAUUUGUACAAAUUUACACCCGCUGAUUUGUUUGUAUAUUUUGGAAAACAUGCCAAAUAAAUGUUUGUUCUG